AUGGCCAACCAAGCAAACGCCAGUGUUCGGCCUGGGAUCGUCGCCAUACCCAAGUCCCCCUCCACCGUCUCCGUCUCCGUCAUAGACACGACUUCGCACUUAUUCGGCAUACCAGCAGGCAUGCUCGUCGCCCCGACCAUCCCAGGCCUCGACUACCUCGCAGCACCAUGCUAUUCCUUUCUGAUCCAGCACGUCGAUGCCGUCUCCGGUAAUACACGACGCCUCAUCUUUGAUCUCGGAAUCAGAAAAGACGUCGACCGACUCCCAGAGUUCCUGCAUCAACAGGCCAAAGACCUCAACCUUCGAAUUGACGUUGCUAAAUCUGUGCGAGAGAUCCUCGAAGACGGCGGCGUCAGCUGCGCGGAAGGCGAGAUUGAGGCUAUCAUCUGGAGCCACUGGCACUGGGACCACACGGGAAACCCAGCCGAGUUCCCUACCACCACCAAACUGAUCGUCGGCCCCGGCUUCAAAGCAAACCUCCUCCCAGGAAACCCCGCCGACCCCGAGAAGAGCUUCCUCGAGAGCGACUACGCCGGCCGAGAGAUGCAGGAGCUGGCUCUACCCGAUUUUGACAUGAUGAUCGGCCAGUUCCCAGCCCACGACUACUUCGGCGACGGCAGCUUCUACCUCCUCAACAGCCCCGGCCAUGCCAUCGGGCACAUGUGCGGCCUAGCGCGCGUGACCAGCAAUCCCGACUCCUUCAUCUUCAUGGGCGGCGACAUCGCGCACCACGCCGGCGAGUGGCGCCCGUCGCCGUUCCUGCCCAUGCCCCAGCAGAUCUCGCCGAAUCCGUUCGAUGACAGUGCGGCAAGUUGCCCGUCCGCCAUGUUCGACAAGCUGCGGAGCUCCUUGGGUUUGACGACGCCCACAGCGCCGUUCCUCGUGCCCGCACGGCUGGAGGUGGGACAGGUGCACCACGACGUGGACGAGACGAUCGCCAGUAUUCAGAAGUUGCAGGAGUUUGAUGUGGCGGACGCGGAAAAUGUUCUGGUGGUGGUCGCGCAUGACGAGACGUUUCUGGACCAGCCUGAUUUCUUCUUUCCCAAUACGGCGAAUGAGUUCAUGAAGAAGGGGUUGGUGAAGAGGACGAGGUGGCGGUACCUGAGGGACUUUGCGCAGGCGAUAGGUUGGGAAGGGGAGGUGGUGGGGAAACGGAACUGGGGUCCUGUUGCUGCUGAAUAG